AAUAAAUGCAAAUUUCAGUUUCCAAACUAUAUUAAAUGCAUCAGCUGCAAUUUCCACCCACCUCUCUUCACUUCUUCUCUAAAUAAAUUAAUUAAAAUACAAAAUUUUCAAAAACAAAAUUAAAUUUUUUAAAAAUCUUUUAUCACUCUCUUCUCUCUCACAUGGACCCAGUCUUCUUCUUCUUUACCAAUAAAUGUCAACAGCCGCCUCCUCCGCCUCCGUCUUCCUAAACCACCCUCCUUUUCCACCGUCGCCACCACAACACGGCUCCAACCACUCUUAUCUCACAACUCUAGGCUUUGGCUACUCCAUAGCCAUAGCUCUCGGUUUCCUCGUCCUUCUCUCUACCGUCCUUUUAUCCUCAUAUAUCUGCUGCCGCGACUCUCGCCGCCGCACAACCGCCGUGGAAUCUGUAGGAGACCGUGGCGGAAGUGUAAUCCUCCCCCGCAUAAUAUUCGUCGCUGAAGAAGACAAUGAUCUCGAAGCAGGUGAUGUCGUGGUGGGACUCGAUCAAGCAGUCAUCAACUCUUACCCUAAGUUCCACUAUUCCAAAGAUUCAUCCGCCGCGUCCUCCGAUGGGUUCGGCAGUGGAGGAGAUACGACGUGUUCGAUCUGUUUGUGUGAGUAUAAAGAAGCGGAGAUGCUGAGGAUGAUGCCCGAGUGUAAACACUACUUCCAUUUGUGUUGUCUUGAUGCGUGGCUUAAACUCAACGGAUCUUGUCCUGUUUGUCGUAACUCGCCGCUCCCGACGCCGACAUCUACACCUCUGUCGACACCUUUGUCGGAAAUUGUGCCGCUCUCGCAGUAUGCCGCCGAUCGGAUGAGAGCAAGAAGAUGACAAUUAUUACUACUUAUUUACAUAGAUCCACUCGCCUAGUUAGGGUUCAAGGGUCGGAAACUAACUUUAGUUAAAAUAUUAGAUUUGUUGGAUGUCGGAAAUAGAUGUUUCUAAAGUUGGGAACAAAAAUAGUGAAGAUAGUAUUGUUUAUA